GCGCUGCCCAAUAAAUAUAUACAUAGUGCUCAAAUCAUGUAUGCAUGCAUACAGACAGACCCCAACACGUUCGCGAAUGGUAGUUGGUAAAACUGUUUGGCAAUACUUUAAAUAUUUUACGAGUGCUACCACAGCCAAAUUGAGAGAGAAGCAUAGCGGCAGCGAGCCAGUGAGAAUGGGCAAGAGAUUAUGAUGUAACGAUUUAUGGACAGCUCAUCGGGAUGAGCACAAACGCAAACAUUCGGCUGGCAUAAAGUAGAAAACUACAAUUUAUGUACGAAUUCCCAGCGUCAAAACUCAUAAAUUCUCCGAGAGAUGACUGCCUGAUGAUACCCACUGAAUAGACUCGCCAUUCAGGGACAGAUCAGAAUUCGCAUCAUAUUUGUCAGCCACUUGAGCGCGCCAGACACAAAGUGUCUAAAGCAAAUCACACAUUGAUCAUAAACUAACAAAAAACUAAACAAAACAAAAAAAACGGUUCGACUGCCCCUGGGUAUAAAAGUGAGCGGCUACACGCGGCGGUCGGUUAGUUAUAACGUGGACGCUGUCAUCAUCAACAUGCUGAGAACAAUUCCGAUUUGGGCGCUGCUUAUUUGCAGUGCGAUCACCGUGGCGGAGGCAAAGCCGUUCUUCGUAAAGGUUUUUGCGCCAAUUAAUGGCUACUCCAGUGGCACCGUCAGAUCCACUGCAUCUGUGGCACCCGCCAACACUCAGUUGAUCUCUAAUCUGAUAUCGACGAAGAUUCAGCUACUUAGUAGUUUUCUGCAAGCCAAGUCAUCCUUCGGCGGAUUUGGCAUCCAGAAGCAAAUCACAUUUACAUCGGGCUCCACAUCAACAACGGAGAAGCCAGUGACCCAGCAAACCACAGAGGUAAACACAGAUUAUAUUCCGGAAGUUAGCUCCAGCACUCAAUCUGUGUACACAACAACAACAGACGACGACAUUGCGACGCCGAAGCCUACAGUACAUCCCCUCAAGCCAAUUACAACGUCAACGUCAACGCCACUAAUCCCCACGCAGAGCACCACCGAGGGCACAGUGGAGUCUACAACGGGAAGUACCCCCGGAUACAACUAUCAGACACCCUCACCCACCACCCAGGGAUACGAGUACCAGACCCCCACACCCAGUACCAUCUCUAGCACCGCCAACGCCUAUUACUUGCCCGCCUCUCGAUACUAAAUGUCUUAGUAUAUACUCGAAUGUACAUACUCGCAGCUGUAUAUGUAGUAGGUAUAUUUAGUAUAUAAGUUAAGCGCAGUUAUCGAAUGUUUAUCUAUUAAUUGAUACUCAACUCUAAUCGUUUCAUUGGCGAUAAUUAGAAUACAUUUUAAAUCUUUGAGAACAGUCUGAUUU